UCGCUUUCAACGCCGGCGGUGGCUGCAGCUGCGCUGCGCGCGAGAAAGGGAAGCAUCCAAGGUGUCGAGAGAACCUGCCUGUCGCUCCUCCCUCUCCCUGCCCCUCCCCGCCCCUCCCCUCCCCUCUCCUCCCCCUCCCUCUCCCUCCACGAGCCUCCGGCAAUAAUCGCUCUUCGCGCCCCUCCGCCUCCCCUGGCCAGACUCUGGCUAAGGGCUGGGAUCGGCCGAGCCCUAUAAAUGGCCCUCCCAGGGAAUGAUCGGUGCCAUCACAGCAAGAGAAGCCAAAGCGCAAAGCGAGACCAUGAGCCAGACAUCGUGGGGUUAUGCAAAGGAAAAUGGGCCAGAUCACUGGCAUGAAACUUACCCAAUGGCCAAAGGAAAUAAUCAGUCGCCUGUUGCAAUCCUUAGCAAGGAUGUCUACAAAGACCCUAUUCUACUGCCUUGGUUUACUAGUUAUGACCCAGGUUCAGCUAAGUCCAUAAAGAACACUGGGAAGACUUGCCGAAUUGCAUAUGAUGACACUUUUGAUCGCUCAGUGCUAAGGGGAGGACCACUCCAGGGAAUUUACAGGCUGCGUCAGCUUCACAUCCACUGGGGUUCUACAGAUGACAAAGGCUCAGAGCAUGUUGUGGAUUUAACAAGGCAGGCAGGAGAGAUUCACAUGGUUCACUGGUGUAAUAAGUAUAGCAAUUAUGCAGAAGCUUUGAAGAAAACUGAUGGUGUGGCUAUUUUGGCCAUUCUUCUGCAAGUGGGAAAAACUCCCAAGCCAGAGAUGAAAAGAAUUCUUGAAGAAAUAGAUACUAUUAAGACAAAGGGGAAAGAGGGUCCUUUUCCAAACUUUGAUGCAUCAAUCCUUUUCCCUCAAAAUCGGAGCUACUUCACCUACAAUGGGUCCUUCACUACACCUCCUUGUGAAGAGUGUGUUACCUGGAUUGUUUUGAAAGAGCCAAUGAUUGUCAGUGUGGACCAGAUGGCAAAGCUUCGUAGCCUUUCUAGUAACACUGCAGAUGACCCUCAUUGUCCUUUGGUUGAUAACUGGCGGCCUCUUCAGCCUCUCAAUAACAGGAUGAUAAGAUCUCCAUGCCAGUAGAAUCAUUGCUGAAGUCCAGGAUUCUUCAGUUGUGAAGACCCAAGACUGCACAUUUGUAUUGUAUAUGACCCGCUGUUUUUCCUCUGGAUCUGUGCUGUUGAGCUAGAAAUUCUGAGUGAUGAAACAGGACAGAUUGCAUUAAAUGAAUCUUAAGUUCUAGAGGGCAAUAACAACAACAACAAUAACUCUGGCAAAAUUCUAACUAUAUUAAAAUGUAGGAUCUCUGUAUGCAAUCUUUGUGAACACAAGCAUUUUUAUGAAUAAUUCUGUGGGGAGGAAAGGUCACGCAUAAUUUAAUGCUUCAAGAAACUCUCUCUCUCUCUCUCUCUCUCUCUCUCUCUCUCUCUCUCUCUCUCUCUCUCUCACACACACACACACACACACACACACACACACACACACACACACACACUUGUAAAUGAGGAAUAUGUAAAUGGAGAGCAUAGCAGAAGUUGAAUCCAUUUCAGUAUAAUAUUCAUAUAUAAACUACCAUUUAAAUAUCCAAAUUGUGAAGGGGGGAAGGGAACCAACCCGAAGUCUAAGCCUGUAUCUGUUUUAUUGUCAACAUUGCAAUUAAGACAUCCGUUCAACUAGAACAUAAUAUGGGACGAAUUCUUAUUUCAUUCUACAACUUCAUUUCAUGUUGCUCUAUUUGAAGUGAUUAUGAAUCUUCUGAACAUCCAGGAUUUUGUUUAAUAUGUAAGUAAUCGUGGUAAAUCCAAAGCAGGCUGUUUUUCUGGGGAUGGAAGAAAGUAUUAUGAGUUAUUUUAUUGUCAGGUUUAUUGUAUCAUUUCUCCAUGUCAAAAAGUCACUUCUGGUUUUAUUAUUUUACAGUUAAUUUUAUGUUAGUGAUGUUGAUGUGCAUUUAUUCAGGGUUGAUAAUAGAAAUAGGAUUAAAUUUCAUGAUGUAAUGAAAUGUUGAUGGGAAACCCAUUUCAGUUGUGAAAUACUCAGAUGAAUUUAAAAAUGGGAAAUAUUUCAUAGGUUCAAACUUAAAAUGCCAACACUAAGAUUUUUUGAAAUAUACUUUUGUAUGUAAUAAUAAUAAUAAUAAUAAUAAACUUUAUUUCUACCCCGCCCUUUUUCCAAUAGGACUCAGAGCGGCUUACAACUAAAAACAACACCAUUAAAACAUACAGAAAUAUACAAUUAAAAUAGAAUUAAACUAUGAGAAAAAUUAAAAACCAUAAAACAUACGUUAAAAACCGGACAAUUUAAAAUAAUAAAAUCAUAUACUGUAGUCACCAAUCCUAUGACAUUUAAUCUUGGUCGUUCUCUAUCCCAAAUGCCCGUUGAAAUAAAACAGUCUUUACUUGUCGCCGGAAAGACGGCAAGGAGGGAGCUAAUCGCACCUCACUCGGGAGUUCCAUAGCCUAGGGGCGGCCACCGAAAAGGCCCUAUCUCGUGUCCGCGUCAUAUGUACUUGCGAAGGUGUGGGGAGCACAAGAAGGGCCUCACCUGAAGAUCUCAAAUCCCGGACAGGUUCAUGUAGGGAGAUACGAUCUGUCAAAUAGCCUGGACCUGAGCCGUAUAGGGCUUUGUAGGUCAAAAUCAGCACUUUGAAUUGUGACUGGAAACAAAUUGGCAGCCAGUGGAGCUGUUGUAACAGGGGAGUUGUAUGGUCCCUGUAACCAGCUCCGGUUAGCACUCUGGCUGCAGCUCUUUGUACCAAUUUAAGUUUCCGAACAGUCUUCAAAGGCAGCCCCACGUAGAGUGCGUUACAGUAGUCUAAGCGAGAUGUAACCAAGGCAUGCAUCACCCUAGUCAGAUCAGGCAGCUCCAGGAACGGGCGCAGCUGGCGCACCAGUUUUAAUUGGGCAAAGGCGCUCCUGGAUACAGCAGUAAUCUGGGCCUCCAAAUUCAAAGCUGAGUCCAAGAGUACACCCAAACUGCGAACCUGAGACUUCAGGGGGAGUGCAACCCCAUCCAGCACCAGUUGAAUCCCUAUUACCUGAUCUGCCCUCCGACUGACCAGGAGUACCUCUGUUUUAUCAGGAUUUAAUCUCAACUUGUUUGCCCUCAUCCAGUCCAUCACUGAUGCCAGACACUGAUUUAGGACCUGUAUGGCUUCCUUGGCUUCAGGUGGAAAAGAGAAAUAGAGUUGAGUGUCAUUGGCAUACUGAUGGCACCGAACCCCAAAACCCCGGACAACCUCUCCCAGCGGUUUCAUGUAGAUGUUAAAUAACAUGGGGGACAAAACUGAACCCUUUCAGUAUGUACUCUUUCAGUACCUUGCAAUCAGUAAUUUACAGAUGUUUGAAUACCGUCUUCCAGUUUUAAACAAAGUGAUAUCCAACUAAAUCAUACUCAGAGGAAACCCAUUGAAAUAAAUGGCCUUGUUAGUCAUGACGAAUUUGCAUCAGUUGAUUUCAUUGGGUGUGUCCUGUGUAUGACUAGUCAAGACACCACUAUUAAUGAGGUUUUUCUUUCUUUCUCAAAUGUCAAAAACAAUAAAAAUGAAAGAACUAUAAUCUAUUUAGGAUUUAAGUUGCAGUCCCUACAUUUGUAAACAUAGGGUGGUGCCCAACUAAGUCAUGCUUAGAGUAGCCCCAUUGAAAUCAAUUAAGUAUAUGCUCGUGUAUGACUUUGUUGGGUACCAGCCAUAAUUUGUUUCAAAUCUGAAACCCAUUUUCAAAACAAUUUAAUAAAAAUAACAGUUGGGGUUUUUUUAACCAUCUCAAGUUGUUAAUAAGGUAUUUGCUGGGGUUGUUUUUCUUCUUGCUUUGGGCUUAUGCUUUUUAGUAAGAGCAAUUCAAAUAAUACUGUAUGAUGACAACAUAUUUGCUUUUGUAACAGAACAAACAAUAAAUCUAUCUCAGAAGCAAAGUUUUCAGAAUUCCCUAUGAUGCACCUUAGGUGAUUGUAAAAGGAUAAAAUGAAAAGUCUUUCUGUACUUGAAUAA